UUUCAGGGCAGGAAGUUAAAAGCCAGGUGUGUGCAUCUGGGCAGGCUGCAGAGGGGGCUAACCUGCAGAGCAAGGUGCCAGCAUCGCCAGUGCUGGGAGAGGCCUCUAGAUGGUGCAGGUGAGUCUGCAGCGAGGGAAAGCCCCUCUGUAAGGCUGUUUCCAAACUCGCAAACAGGACGGGAGCAGUCAAGGAAGAGUUCCCGGGAAGCCCUUUGGAACAGAAGGAAAGUGGGACUGACAGCAGAGAGGUGCCUCGCUCCAGGCAGCUCUGCCGGCCUCCAGCAUCUGCUUCUGAGAACUCUGCCGAGUGGCCACCUGUGAAACCUGGUGGCCCAAAGCAGGACCGUGCUUGGCUCUCUUCACAGACCAUCUUCCAUCUUCUGCUUGGAUUAGAAACUGACCCUCUAACAGCGUCCAGAGAGAAGAAGCCUUUUGGGGAGAGGCAGCAUCUCCAUAUUCAAGGUGGUCAGAUGGAGCCAAGGAGUGGCCCAGCUGGAUCAAAGAAUGUGAAGCCACCCAAGGCCCAAGUGGUGAACCCACAGAAGAGGAUGGCCCAUAUGGGUGACUGCAAACAGAUGCCCUGGCUCCCCGUCCUGAUGGUGUCUCUGAUGUGUUCAGCCACAGCAGAAUACUCCAACUGUGGCGAGAAUGAGUACUACAACCAGACCACAGGGCUGUGCCAUGAGUGUCCCCAGUGUGGACCAGGGGAAGAGCCCUACCUGGCCUGUGGCUAUGGUACCAAAGAUGAGGACUACGGCUGCGUCCCCUGCCCAGCAGAGAAAUUUUCCAAAGGAGGCUACCAGAUAUGCAGGCGCCACAAAGACUGUGAAGGCUUUUUCCGCGCCACCGUGCUGACGCCGGGGGACAUGGAGAAUGACGCUGAGUGUGGGCCUUGUCUCCCUGGCUACUACAUGUUGGAAAACAGACCCAGGAACAUCUAUGGCAUGGUCUGCUACUCCUGCCUCCUGGCGCCCCCCAACACCAAGGAAUGUGAGUGCACUUUGUCCUUCCAUCAGAACGGUGUGGGAGCCACUUCGGGGGUUUCUGCCAACUUCCCCAGCACUUCUGGCAGCAGUACCCUCUCUCCUUUCCAGCACGCCCAUAAAGCAGAGCUCUCAGGCCAAGGACACCUGGCCACGGCCCUGAUCAUUGCUAUGUCCACCAUCUUCAUCAUGGCCAUCGCCAUUGUCCUCAUCAUCAUGUUUUACAUCAUGAAGACAAAGCCUCCUGCCCCAGCCUGCUGCACCAGCCACUCAGUGAAGAAUGCGGAAGCCCAAGUGACCAAGGAAGAGGAGAAGAAAGAGGCCCAAGACAGUGUGGUGAUUUUCUCUGAGAAGGAUGAAUUUGAGAAGCUGACAGCAACUCCAGCAAAGACUGCCAAGAGCGAGAAUGAUGCCUCAUCUGAGAAUGAGCAGCUGCUAAGUAGGAGCAUGGACAGUGACGAGGAGCCCGCCGCCGACAAGCAGGGAUCCCCAGAGCUGUGCUUGCUUUCGCUGGUCCACCUGGCCAGGGAGAAGUCUGCCACCACCACCAAGUCGGCUGGGGUUCAAAGUCGAAGGAAAAAGAUAUUGGAUGUGUAUGCCAACGUCUGUGGAGUUGUCGAAGGUCUCAGCCCCACGGAGCUGCCAUUUGAUUGCCUUGAGAAGAUGAGCCGAAUGCUCAGCUCCACGUACAACUCUGAAAAGGCCGUUGUGAAAACCUGGCGCCACCUAGCUGAGAGCUUUGGACUAAAGAGGGAUGAGAUUGGGGGCAUGACAGAUGGCAUGCAACUCUUUGACCGCAUCAGCACAGCGGGCUACAGCAUUCCAGAGUUGCUCACAAAACUGGUACAAAUCGAGCGGCUGGAUGCUGUGGAGUCCUUGUGUGCAGACAUACUGGAAUGGGCUGGGGUCGUGCCGUCUGCCUCCCAGCUACCUAAUACAUCCUGAAGAGCAUGCCUGUGGGCUGUCCUUCUUGGGAUGCACCAAGGAUCUAAUGAGGGCGCUGGAGCUGUGAGUGGUGCCAACAGACUGCCAAGAAUCAUGGCUUUUUUCUGCUACGUCACCAGGGUAUACCUUAGGCUGUUCCAAGGAACAAGGGGAAAUGAGGCCUAUCUUCCAAUCUAACUAAAGACAAAAGAUUACAGCUAAGAUACUCCUAGCUACCCACCUGCACCUCCCCAGAUGGAAUGAAUACGUAUUCAUAUAGCCAGCCCACUCGUCAUUAACUCAUUCAGGAACAUUGUUGGGUCCUCAAAUGAACCAAACAAUGUGGGGAUGACAGAGGUGAAGAAUCUGAGUCUUGUUUAAGAAGUUUACAGCCCAGCGAGAGACAGAAGACAUAUCCACAAACCACUUUGCUAGAAGUCAUCAAUCAAUCUGAAUGAGGGGAGUCUAAGAAAAUGCAAUAAACGUUCUGAGAGUGGGAGAUGGCUUCCCACUGAGGUAAUGAAGGGGGCAUCCUCAUGAAGAAAGCAGCUCGAAAGUUUAGUAAAAUGGCUACAAAAUUCGGACACCCAACUCCAUGUAUUGUUUCUGGUUUAGUGCAUGUGGCUUCAUGAGGAUAACUUUGCCUGUUCUUGAGGUCGUUCAUAUUCCUGCAACUCUUCUAGUCAUUAACGGAAGAGCUCACACUGUAGCCUGCUUUCUGUCACUGAUAUGCAAGGCAUGCAUUUGUCCAAUCAAGUAGACCUGUGCAGUAGUCAAUUUCAUGUACUGUGUGAGCCUUGGGCCUGGGAACCCAGUCGUUUUUUAUUAUACGUGAAUUGCCUUCCACUCUCAUUCUCAGUCAUAUUUGACCCUUUGGAAGCAGCAGUACUCAAAGGACCCUAGCUAUUUAAAUUAUGUGUCAGGCUGUUUUUGCUUCAAAGAGAAAUGAGUGGUCAACUCUGCUUAGAAAGGGAAAUGAUGACUUCCUAAAAGCUCAGCCAUGCACAUAGUUCUAGAUUGCCAAGAGUGUUUGAGACUUGUGGAUGAGCCACAUGAUGUAAGAGUUUUAGACUGUAGCCUUCUGAGCCAGUCAGGGGAAGUGGAGCCCCCUGUGCAGGGAGAGCCUGUGCUUGGAGUCCAGGAACCUGGUACUAGUUGUGCCAACUUGGGUCAUUUUCUUCUCCCUCCCUAGGCCUCAAUUUGUCUUCUUCGAAUAGGAGGUUCAUCUGUGAUACUAUAAUCACAGGAAAAGUUAAGGUUUGGGCAAACGAAAAGAAAGUGGAGCUAUAGGAAAUGCCAGGCCUUUGAGAUGCUACAUAGAAAUGAAUACAGUGUGAGCCACCAAGCAAAAUAGGGGUCAAAGCAGAAAAACUCAGGUUUGGAGUUUUCACAGUAACUGUAAUCGCUUGGCGUACAUUCACAAAUAGAGUUAAUAAACUGGCAUGGCUCUUGGCAAAUUCUCCUAUGACACCUGCAACUGCCAAGAGCUUGGGAGCCAGGGUAAUGGUCACACCAGGCAGUUAGCUCGGAUGGCACUGCUGAGCUCCCUAAGAACGAGUCUGACUGUAGUUAUUAUUGAAUUAAAACCAGCCUCUCACUUAUAAAGCAAUGUUUUUAAAAAUUAUAAGUCACAUGGCUGAGCAAAUGCUUUGGGGGAAGAAAUUAGUCAUAUGUUUCAAGCCAAUAAGCAAUUUCCCACCAGUGAAUGUAGAAUAUACUGUGAUAGGAUCAUAAUUAGGUCCUGAAUAUUUAAUAUCAUCAUUUACUAUGUCUGUUUGCUAUCGUUUGUCAGAACCUAUUUGGUAUAUCCUGCAAGCUAAAUAUGCCACAGCAAAACUUAAUUACCAUUUUUAAUUCUUCUUGAAAUCCUAUGGUGCCCCUUUCCUCUACUUUGUGAUAAGGGUGAUGAGAAUCUCUCCCUUAAUUAUAUUGCAAAUGUCACAUGUGAUGAACAUGCUGUUCCAGGAUAAUAUCUUGUAGCUUCCUUAGAACAAUAUUUUUAGUGAAGGAGCAGGCGUGGCUAUUCUCUGGCCCUGGGGAUACGGGUGUCCCUUGUUUUACACUGUUGGGAUUCUGGGGCCAGAGGUCCAGCAAGCAUCAGACCAUAUUUCAUUGACUCUCAACCUACCAUUUUUAGGAAGCUAGUCAUUUACUUAUUUGGAGACAAAUCCCAGAAAAGUUUACUUAUUUGGAGACAAAUCCCAGAAAAGUUUACUUUGAUAAGCUUUGGCCUAUAUAUGGAAUUAAAAUCAAUGAGACCAUAAUGAUUAUCACUGACCGAAGCUGGGACCCACCCUGCGAUUUUGUAUGGAGAUAGUCAUUAUUUUGUUAUACUUAAAAACAUUUGGAAAACACCUAGGCGAGAGCUAUGGCCCAUAGCCAAUGAAGUCUUGUCAAUUUUUUGUCUAAUUCUAUAUGUAUAACUUAUUGUAUUUUACAGUUUCAAUAAAUAAACUAAUAAAAAGGA